GUCUAAUCCAACAGUGGAAUUUCUUGACUAUUGUAAAGAAGGAUAUUGGUAUCUGCAUACAAAUUUCUAUCUUCUUUAAAAUUUCUCUAUAGACCAAACAAGCACCAAUAUUAUUAAAUUAUAUUACGAAGCCAUUUCUAAAGGACAAGAAAGCAAGCACACGUUUCAUGUCUCAGACAUCAUGGUCCUUCUAUCUUAAUCUUUUUCAUUUUCUGUCUCUGUAAAAUCUAAAUCCCAUAGAUACUUGCAUUCCUCACUCACACCAUGGAGAUCACGAUUAUAUCAGCCGAAAACCUUUGCAUGAACGGAAAACCAAUAGAAAAAGACACAUACGUUGUUGUUCACACGCAAUCAUGCACCAAAUUCUUCACAACGAGGACAGAAGAAGAGGGUGGGAGAAACAACCCUUCAUGGAACGAGAAGUUCUUGGUUGAUGGAGUCAACAGCAUCACGUUAGAGGUGCAAUGCAAAACAUGGCUGGGUUUUAAAAGUUUGGGAGCAGCACGAAUAGCGGUUUCUGAGUUUGUUUCAGAAACUAGCUUGCAGUUUUUGAGUUAUAGGCUUUGGGAUGAGAAAGGUAAGAGAAAUGGGGUCAUCAAUUUCUCAGUGAGGGUGGUGAAGGCACCACAGGAGCGUGAAUCUUCGUGUUCGAUGGUGGAGAUUGAAAAGAAUUGGAGAGAGUUUGGGAUGCAAGUGACAAUGGGUGAGAAUGAUGCUGCACGAACUGUUACUGGGGUUCCUGUUUUCUGGAAUUUCCCUCUCAAUAUUCCAAGAUGAAUGUUUUUGUUUUCUUCUUGAUUAGGUUAAAGUGUUUAGUUGGUAAUUUAAGCUUAUUGACAAUGGUUUAGUUUCUGACACUAGUUGUAGAAGUGGUAAAGUAUUUUACUAGUUUGUUCACCUCUGUAUUUCGGGUGUCAAUAGUCUCUUUAACUAUACACGGAUGAAUGAGUUUAUAAUGUACCAAAAAAAAAAACAGUCAAUGUUUGUUGAGAAAAAGACAGGUUUUAAAAUUUUUGUGUA